AUAUUUAAUAAGAAAAUUAUGGAUAAAAUUUAUAUAUCUUUUUGUUAAUCUUAACAGCACAGCGCUUCAUUUGUCGUUAGAUUAGAAACUAAAUCAUUUAGAUCUUAAAAUAUAUUUCAGAAAAAAAGAAGCGUAUUUAUAUUCUUGUGAUGAGUGAACGCUGUUUCGAAUGAUGCUAAAGAAUUAACGUCACAAAAAUGCAAAGUUCUCUGGGUGUUAAAACCUUGUUGCAAGACCCCGCGUUGGUCAGAUCAAAAUCAUACGCAACAGAUCCUAAGCCGCCUGAGAAAAAGCCACGAUCAUUGUCAGCUCCCACGCAGCCAAUAUGGCACAAUCCAAAUGCGUUACCUGCCCGUCCUCUCAAGAAAUAUAAUGUUACAUUACACCAUGCAUCUCAAGAUUCUCGCGUCAGCAGAGCAGCACCAUACGCAUGUUGUAAAACCUUUGGCUCACCAACUAGGGCGCAGGCCACUGGUGGACGUUCACAUCUAAAUGAACCAUACAAUGCACUCAAUGAUCCACACCUUGCUCGUUAUUAUGCAAGGAGGUUUGAAUCAGCUUCACAAACAAAAUUGUUCAAGACACCACAAAAGGGACGAAGAAGAAAGGCAUCUGGGGUUGUUUACAAAGUUGUGGUGAGAACAGAUGACAGAAGGAAUGCUGGAACUGAUGCUAAUGUAUAUGUUGAGUUGAAGGGAAACAAAGGUAUUAUUGGAAAAACAAGAUUGUUUCACAAACCAGAAGGAAUAAAGUCAAAUUCGUUUCUGUACGAACCUCAGUUCGUAUUUAAACCUGGAUCUGAGGAAACUUUCACGAUACGAGGUCCAGAUAUCGGAGAUGUGAAGGUUCUUAAUGUUGAGCACGAUGGUAUAGACAGAAAGCAAGGAUGGUUCGUACUCGAAAUCUUGGUGAAAAAUACAAGAAAUAAGAAAGUGUGGACAUUUCCAUCAUUCCAAUGGUUGUCUUUGUUUGAAGGAGACUGUCAAAUCAAACGUCAGUUGCAUGCCAACAGCGGCACUUCGAAACCCGUUAAAACAGUUUACGAGGUAACUGUUGAAACUGGCGAUAUUCGUGGGGCAGGAACUGAUGCUAAAGUUUAUAUGACCUUAUUUGGCUCAAAAGGGACAACACCGAAAGUACUAUUAGCAAACAGGGAUAAUGACAACUUUGAAAGAGGAAAGACCGACCGGUUUAAGAUCAAGUCAACCAAUCUUGGAUCUUUGAGAAAAAUGAUCGUGGAACAUGACAAUACUGGAUUUGGUCCUGGAUGGUACCUUCAUAAGAUAUCAGUUACGGAGUUGGUCAAAGGUACUGUGACGUACUUUCCUUGCGAUCAAUGGCUGGACAAGGAUGAAGGUGAUGGUCAAAUAAGAAGACAAUUGAUGGCGACCAAGAAAGCCACUGAUAAACGCCAAGGUUUCAAGUACAAAGUAUGUACGUACACAGGUGAUGUGAGGGGGGCUGGGACGGACGCUAAUGUCACGGUCACCAUAUUUGGUGAGAACGGAGACACUGGAGAACAUUGCCUUGAUAAUUCAAGAAAUAAUUUUGAGAAAGGAAGAAUGGACACAUUUCGCUUGGAGGGGAUCGAUCUUGGCGAGUUGAUUAAACUGCGCAUUGGUCAUGACAAUCGUGGGGUUGGACCAGGAUGGUUCUUGGAUAAAGUGACAGUUGAAGAUGAAAGUCGGGGGAAAGUUUUCGAGUUUCCGUGUCACCGUUGGUUGGCUAAAGAUGAGGAUGAUAGACAAAUUACGAGAGAACUCGUUUGUACUAACGGCUCCCAACAAGCUGAUAUGUACAUCACACCUGGUGUUCCAUACAAGGUUCACGUGACCACAGGUGACGUCAGAAACGGCUCGACAAGCGCAAAUGUGUUUGUCGUCCUUUAUGGCGGCGAGGAAGGCGAGAAGAACAGCGGGAAACUGGUGCUGAGGAAUGAAAAAAGCGAUAAUUUUGAACGGGGAAGAACUGACAUAUUCAAUGUGGAGAGUGCGGACUGUCUUAGUCCUUUACAUCACAUUACCAUUGGACAUGAUAAUACCGGCCUAGGAGCUGGUUGGUUUUGUGAGAAGGUCGUAGUUGACUGUCCCAGCACCGGAUGCGAACAGGUUUUUCUUUGUCAACAAUGGAUAGCAGAUGACGAAGGCGAUGGAAGACUGGAACGAGACUUAUUUGAAUCUGAAGAUAUGAGACAGAAACGCAGACCAAAGAUCGUGUAUAAUGUGUGGGUUUGGACGAGCGAUGAACGGGGAGCUGGAACCGAUGCCAAUGUCUUUGUUACCUUAUAUGGAAAGAAAGGAAAGACUGAAGAAAUUCGAAUUGGAAAUGCAACGGAUAAUUUUGAACAGGGACAACUUGAUAAGUUUAAGGUCGAGCUUGCAAAUGUCGGUCCAUUGUACAAGCUUCGGGUUCGACAUGACAACUCUAAAUCGUUCUCAGAUUGGCAUUUAGAAAAGGCUCAAGUUGAAAACACAAAGACUGGAGCUAAGUUUUCAUUCAAAUGUGGUCGAUGGCUUUCCCUCAAGGAAGAUGAUCGAAGUAUUAUCAAGGAAUUGCCUGCAUUUGGUGAAGGAAUUCAACCUCAGCCGGUGCUGAUUUAUCCAGUGUUCAUACACACUGCCAAGAAGUCUGGGGCUGGUACUGAUGCAAACGUUUUCUUGACCGUAUUUGGCAAGCAAGGUGAUACCGGCGAGAGGCCGCUAAUGUUUUCAAAAUCAAACAGAAAUAAAUUUGAAAAAGGAAAUGUUGAUGAAUUUGAGAUAGAGGCGGUGGACCUUAAAGAUUUGGAGAAGAUCAGAAUCGGUCAUGAUGGCAAAGGACCUGGGGCCGGAUGGUUCUUGGAUAAAGUUGUGAUCAAAGAUCCCAAUGAUCCCUUGAAGGAAUUCAAUUUCCCUUGUGAAAGAUGGUUAGCCAAAGACGAAGACGAUGGUCAGAUUAUCAGAGAGCUCACUUUAGGUGGAACCAGCUUGCUGCAAACAACCUCAUACAAAGUGACUGUGAGGACAGGAGAUGUUCGUGGUGCUGGGACGGAUGCGAAUGUUUAUGUUCAGAUAUUUGGCAAGAAAGGAGACACGGGAAGGUUGCCUUUGAGACAAUCUGAAAACACAAAGAAUAAAUUUGAAAGAGGGAGAGCCGAUGUGUUCACGGUUGAAGCAGUUGACAUAGGCAAAUUGGAGAUGAUACGUAUUGGUCAUGAUGGUAAGGGUUUUGGUGCUGGUUGGCACUUGGACGAGGUAACUGUGGAUAUACCAUCGCAUGGUCAAGUUAUGGUGUUUCCCUGUCAUCGCUGGUUAGCAGAGGAUGAAGAUGAUGGCAAAAUCGAAAGAGAGUUGUAUCCAAGUCAACAAAACACCAUGGAACAAAAAAUACCCUACGAAGUUGUCGUGCACACAGGCGACGUCAGGGGAGCUGGAACUGAUGCUAACGUCAUACUGGUGUUGUAUGGAGAGAAAGGAAAAUCUGACGAGUUUAAACUAAGAAACAAGACUGAUAAUUUCGAAAGAGCCAAAGUCGACAAGUUUAAGGUUGAAAGCGAAGAUAUUGGAGCCCUAACUAAGAUACGAAUUGGCCACGAUAACGCAGGAUUUGGUGCAGCCUGGUUCUUGGACAAGGUCGAGAUUAGCCGGAUUAAACCGGACGGGGAAAAGGAAAAAUCGAAAAAGAAGAAACGAAAAGGUGGAAAGAAAGCAUCUGAUGACGAUGAAGAGGGAGAAAGUGAUGAAAAUGAUUAUGAAUAUCUGUUCUUGUGUAACCGCUGGCUUGCAAAAGGCGAAGACGAUGGUGAGAUCGUGAGGGAACUAGUGCCAAGUACAAAGUCUGGUUUAAAGAGACGAAACACUCUUGCGGAAAAUACCUACGUCAUCCAUGUUUACACUGGCGACGUGAUGCAUGCUGGGACGAAUGCUAACGUCCUUGCUACCAUAUAUGGUGAAAACGGUGAUUCUGGCGAGAGGAAGUUGCAGAAGUCUGAGAAGCAUAUGGACAAGUUUGAGCGGAACCAGGAGGACAUAUUUACAAUCAAGUGCAUCUCCCUGGGUGCUUUGUCCAAGUUGAAAAUCCGUCACGACAAUAGCGGAAUGAAAUCGGCAUGGUUCCUCUCCAAGGUUGAAAUCGAAGACAAAUUGAAAGGGCAGCGGUAUGUUUUCCCGUGCGACCGCUGGCUGGCAACCAACGAAGAUGACGGUCAGAUAUCACGUGACUUGCCUGCUCUGACGUCAGAGGACUAUAAUGCCGAACAGAAGAGAAAGAUGAACCGACGUCAAAGUUCCAAGGCGUUAGUCGAUUCUUUGGACUUGGAAUCGAAAGCUCGACUCAGUUCCUACGAGGUGUAUGUAGUCACAGGAGACGUUUCUGGCGCGGGCACUGACGCCAACGUUUACAUCGUUUUGUUUGGAGAUAAAGGAGAAACAGGUAAACUUGAUCUGAAAACUUCGAAAACAAAUAAAGAUAAAUUUGAGCGUGAUCAGAAUGAUGUCUUUACAUUGGAUGCUGACGUUGGUGUGUUGAAAAAGAUAAGAAUCGGGCAUGACAACAAGGGUGGCUUUGCAGGCUGGUUUCUAGAUAAAGUCGAGAUCGAUUCAAAAAGUCUUGGUACUCGAUGGUUGUUCCCCUGUGGACGAUGGUUGGAUAAAGGGAAAGAUGAUGGAUUGUUAGAAAGAGAGUUGUAUCCAGUUGAAGAUGCCGAACAAGUCUAUACACCACACGUUCCUUAUGAGAUCACCGUAUACACUGGAGACGUGAGUGGCGCAGGGACUAGUGCGAAUGUAUUCAUAGUGAUUUACGGAGCUGAAUUAAACACAGGGGAAUGCAUCUUGGCCGAAACGAAGAAGAAAAAGAAGGGAUGCUUUGACCGAGGUUCAACGGACCAGUUCGUAAAGGAGCUGGUUGAUGUUGGUGAUGUUAUAGAAAAGGUCCGGGUUGGUCACGACGGAAAGGGGAUUGGGGCCGGAUGGUUUCUCGAUAAGGUGGAAAUACGCCGAUUGCUUGACGACAACAAAAGUACGACCCUCUACACGUUUCCUUGUAAACGUUGGUUGGCUAAGGGAGAAGAUGAUGGCGCGAUUGUUAGAGAGUUGGUACCGAGAGAUGUGACGGAGGAAUUGGUUAAUAAGAAAGGCGAAGUUGUGGCGAAUAAAGUCGAGCAUCAGGCACUAGACGUUCAUAAAUAUCGUGUCCACGUGUUCACCGGUGACGUCAAAGGUGCUGGAACCGAUGCGAAUGUUUUCAUCACUUUAUUCGGACAAUAUGGUGACUCUGGUGAAAGACCGCUGACAAAGUCUGAAACGCAUACGGAUAAAUUCGAACGGGGCAAGGAAGAUAUCUUUACAUUCGAGGCUGCUGAUCUUGGUACCGUACAUAAGAUCAAGUUGCGUCACGAUAACUCAAUGUUAAAUCCAGCUUGGUUCGUCGAGAGAGUCGAGUUAGAAGACCUUACCGCUGAUAGACGCUUCUUGUUUCAUUGCGAGAGGUGGCUUGCUAAGAACAAGGAGGAUAAGAAGAUAGAAAGAAACUUUUAUGAAAAAGAUUACAAGGGUGAUCGUUCUACAACAAUGACUGGAAUGAGUACGGCCAGCAGUCUCAAGCUUGAUUCAUCUCUGUCUAAGUCAACUCUUGGAGAUCUGAGCAAGAAGCGUAGUUCAACGGCUGAUGCGAUAUUCGAGAAAGAAUUUAAAGACAAAGCCAAAAAAGAUGCACCGUUGAAAUCAAUUUCUUAUACGGUCCGAGUGAGGACUGGUGAUGACAAAGAUGGGGGAACUGAGGCUAAGGUUUAUAUCGUAUUGAUUGGAACUCAGGCGGCUACGGAUAAAAUUGAUCUUGAGCUCGUUCAAAAAGCUGGAUUCGAAACGGGAACAGCCGAGACGUUCUCAGUAGAUGGGACUGAUGUCGGGGAGGUCAGAAAAAUUGAAGUUGGACACAACGGGUAUUCCCAAAAGGAUGGCUGGCUCCUUAAAGAGAUUGAAAUUGACGUGCCAACGAAAGGUAAAGUUUACCAUUUCCCCUGUAACCGAUGGUUGGCCAAGGAUAAAGAAGAUGGCUUGACUACACGUGUGUUGACUGCUAACGAAAACGACCAAGUCUCAUACAAACCACUUGCGCCAUAUGAAAUCACGGUAUUUACUGGUGAUGUAAAGGAUGCCGGUAUAGAUAGUGAUGUCACCAUGACCAUAUUUGGAAGCGAGGGCGCCACGCCUGAAGUGAAACUCGAGAAGGGUGAGGAGAGGUUUGAACGAGGCGGUGUCGACAUGUUCCGAAUGGAGCUCGAAGACGUGGGCAAGUUGCGCAAGAUGAGGAUUGGACACGAGGGUAAAGGAAAUCGUGUGAAUUGGUACCUAGAUAAGGUUAUCGUCCGUAAUGAUGACACGGGUGUGGUGAGUGUGUUCAAAUGCAAUGGUUGGCUAUCAAAAUCGUCCGGGGGAAUGGUGAAAGAACUCCCCGCGAUCACGGAGGGUGAAAAGCCUUUAGGAAACACAAGCUACAAGGUGGACGUAAUCACUGGAGAUGUGAGCGGUGCUGGCACUGACGCUAAUGUAUUUCUCAUAAUAUUUGGUGAAUAUGGAGACUCGGGAGAAGUGCCGCUGAAGAAUUCGGAGACCUAUAAAGAUAAAUUUGAACGGGGUCAUACAGACGUGUUUAACUUGCAAGAGAUUCUGAGUUUAGGCGAACUAACAAAGGUCAGAGUUUGGCAUGAUAAUAAAUUCCUGAAGGCAAGUUGGUACUUGGAAAGAAUUAAUAUCGAAGAUCAAAGCACCAAGAAAGUUUACGAGUUUCCAUGUGACCGUUGGCUUGGUAAAGAUAAAGAAGAUGGUAGUUUGUUACGAGAGAUUCCUUGUUCAAACAGAGAUGAAACAACUGACUCGCCUGUUGCAGUCUUUGAGAUAACGAUGCUGACGAGUGACAAGCAGAAUGCGGGAACCAAUCAAAAUGCGUCUAUUAUACUGCUUGGAGAGAAACGAAAGUCCCAGGUGUAUAAUAUAGAGAACAGCGUCAAGAAUAAGAUUCUCAGACGCGGCCGUAGCGACACGUUUAAAUUCGUUACCAAGCCUCUGGGAGCUAUUCGCGAAGUCAUCGUUGGACAUCAUCCAAAGCCGGGGCAGAAGAAAUCAGAGAAAGACCAAUCGUGGUACUUACAUGAAGUCGUUGUUAAAAAUACCGACAACGGUGAAAGGUUUGUGUUCCCUUGUCGACAGUGGAUUCCACUGACCUCUAAUAAAGGGGAUGGAGUCAAGCUUGAAUGCAAAUCCUCUGAAAGAUCGAAGCUUGCUGUAAUAAGAGAGCUUAAACCUAUUCAAUACGAGAUAGCCGUAUAUACCGCUGACGUUGCGCAUGCUGGUACGGACGCUAACGUCAGCAUCGUGAUAUAUGGCGACAACGGUGAUACGGGACAGCGGAAAUUGACAAAGAAGAUGGUCAAUCUAUUUGAAAAGGGUCAGCGAGACGCGUUCACACUGGAAGCUCUAGAUUUAGGCCAGCUCAAGAGGUUGCGGAUAGAGCAUGAUAACAAAGGAUUCGGUGCUGGGUGGAUGUUAGAUCGGGUCGAGGUCACGAAUUUAGACUCUUCUGAAAUGAUAACAUUCCCGUGUAACCAAUGGCUUGAUAAAAAGAAAGGCGAUGGUUUGAUUUGCCGAGAACUUUUUCCCUCUGGAACAAGUGCUACUUAGAUAAGGGGUACUACUUGGGAACGAGGUUAUUAAUUGAGACGAGUCGAGAGCCCAAAGAGUACUGGCACCAAGGACAAAUGCAGCCGGACUGACUGAGCAAUUGUAAAAGGAUACAACCCUGGGUACGAGGUUGAAAAAGAUAGCGAUUCGAAUACAGUGAACUGUUCCAAUAAGAGUUACGUUUAUUAGGUGACGUAAUUUUCUGACCAGUCACAUUUUGUCACAUUUGCUAAUUGCUAUCCUUUAAUUCCAAAAUGAAAUUGUUGAACAGUUAUUUGUAUUAUCCUGUGACAAACAAUGUAUAAUUUAUUGUAUAUAGAAUUGAU